CAAAAUCUUGAAUUUAGCACUUUUACCCCCUUAUUUUCUUAUAAAAAUUUCAGCUUUCCCGCCCACUGAAUUUUCCUCCCAAAUUUCUUCUCUCUCUCACUCACACACAGAGUAGAUGCAGCCAAAUCCUCUUUGUAUCAAUAUCUAGCAGUUUAGGGGGUACCCAUUGACCCAAAAAUGCCUGAUUUUGGCAUUCUUUUGGAUCCUCCAUUGCCAUCAGCACCAGAAGAAUCAUUGCCUUCAUCUUUAGCUUUGAUUUCUUGCCCAAAUCUAGAAGUUUGCUGUGAAUCUGAUACCCAAAUGCAGGAACUAGUUUCUGACCGAAAUUCCCAGCUGGGGUUCCCUAUUUUGCUCAAAGAAGACGAGUUGAAGCUGGAAAACAAUGGGUGUGUUGAGUUGGUACAGAAAGAGGACGAGUUGAAAUUAUUGACACCCAAAUCCAGUGAAUCUGAUACCCAAAUGCAGGAACUAGUUUCCGACCGAAAUUCCCAGCCUGGGUUCCCUAUUUUGAUGAAAGAAGACGAGUUGAAACUAUUGACACCCAAAUCCAGUGAUUCUGAUACCCAAAUGCAGGAACUAGUCUCUGACCGAAAUUCCCAGCUGGGGUUCCCUAUUUUGCUGAAAGAAGACGAGUUGAAGCCGGAAAGCAAUGGGUGUGUUGAGUUGGAACAGAAAGAGGACGAGUUGAAACUAUUGACACCCAAAUCCAGUGAAUCUGAUACCCAAAUGCAGGAAAUAGUUUCUGACCGAAAUUCCCAGCUGGGAUUCCCUAUUUUGCUGAAAGAAGACGAGUUGAAACUGGAAAACAAUGGGUGUGUUGAGUUGGAACAGAAAGGGGACGAGUUGAAACUAUUGAUACCCAAAUCCAGUGAAUCUGAUACCCAAAUGCCGGAACUAGUUUCUGACCGAAAUUCCCAGCUGAGGUUCCCUAUUUUGCUGAAAGAAGACGUGUUGAAACCGGAAAACAAUGAGUGUGUUGAGUUGGAACAGAAAGGGGAGGAGUUGAAACUAUUGAUAUCCAAAACCAGUGAUUCUGAUACCCAAAUCCAGGUACUAGUUUCUGACCGAAAUUCCCAGCUGGCGUUCCCUAUUUUGCUGAAAGAAGACGAGUUGAAACCGGAAAACAAUGGGUGUGUUGAGUUGGAACAGAAAGAUGAGUUGAAACUGGAAAAUAAUGGUUGUGGUGAGUUGGGAAUCAGGGUAUUAAUACCCAAGUCGAGUCAAUCUGAUACCCAAAUUGAGCAACUAGUUUCUGACCCAAAUUCCCAGCUGGGGUCUCCUAUUUUGCAGAAAGAAGACGAGUUGAAACUGGAAAAUAAUGGUUAUGGUGAGUUGGGAAUAAGGGAUUUGAUACCCAAAUCCAGUCAAUCUGAUAUCCAAAUGCAGGAACUAGUUUCUGACCAAAAUUCCCACUUGGUGUUCCCUUCUUUGCAGAAAGAAGAGUUGGAACCGGAUAACAACGGUUGUGUUGAGUCGGAACAGAAAGAAGACGAGUUGAAACUGGAAAAUAAUGGUUGUGGUGUAUUGGGAGUAAGUGUUUUGAUAACCAAAUCCAGUGAAUCUGAUACCCAAAUGCAGGAACUAGUUUCUGACAGAAAUUCCCAGCUGGGGUUCCCUAAUUUGCAAAUAGAAGACGAGUUGAAACCGGAUAACAAUGGGUGUGUUGAAUUGGAACAGAAAGAAGACCAGUUGAAACUGGAAAAUAAUGGUUGUGGUGUAUUGGGAGUAAGUGUUUUGAUAACCAAAUCCAGUGAAUCUGAUACCCAAAUGCAGGAACUAGUUUCUGACAGAAAUUCCCAGCUGGGGUUCCCUAAUUUGCAAAUAGAAGACGAGUUGAAACCGGAUAACAAUGGGUGUGUUGAAUUGGAACAGAAAGAAGACCAGUUGAAACUGGAAAAUAAUGGUUGUGGUGAUUUGGGAAUCAGGGGUUUGAGGUCAAGUGGUGGUGGGUCAGUGGCGAAAAAGAGUUUGGAUGAGUUUGUUAAAGAUUGGGUUGAGAGGAAGGUCAAUGCUGGUGUAGAUAAACGCAAUUGUGUAUUGCCAUUCCUUAUUCAUGCUCCCAAAUCGGUUGAGUGCUCUGUUUGCCAAGGAUUAAUUUUUCCAGGUGACGAGGUAGAAUGCUCUGUUCGAGAUUGUAUGGGAGUUUUCCACUUAGAAUGUGCUAAAGAAAAACUUGGGUUAUCUUCUCCCAAAAUGUUUAAGUGCCCUCAACAUGUAUGUUAUGUUUGUAAUAAAAAGAUACAUCUCUGGCGGUGCAUCAGAUGUCCACUAGCAUCACAUGAUAAGUGUGCAGCAUUUCCGGAGCACGUGGUUCAUUUAAAUGAUCAGCCAGGGCGAGUUAUUUGUUGGAAGCAUCCAUCCGAUUGGCAUUUGGAGAAGCAUGAAGCCCCAGCAAGUAAUUUGGAGGAGAUAUUAGCUAAUUUGCCUGUACCAUAUGUGGAGGAGGAGUUCAAGAUUGACAUAAAUUGGAAAGACAUGAUUGACAACAGAUCUGAACCACCUCCAUACGUGCAUAUCAAGAGAAAUGCUUACCUCAUUAAGAAAAAGCGUGAUGGCGUUAUUGCUGAUAUUGGGUGCACAAACUGCAAAUCCACAGAAUGCUUGGACAAUUGUGUUUGCAGGGUUCAAUGCAUAAGUUGUUCGAAGGCGUGCCAUUGCUCUGAUAUGUGCUCAAACAGACCAUUUCGGAGAGAUAGAAAGAUACAAGUUGUCAAGACUGAACUUUGUGGUUGGGGGGUAGUAGCAUCUGAAUCCAUAAACAAAGGUGAUUUCAUAAUUGAGUACAUCGGCGAAGUUAUUGAUGAUGCCUUGUGUGAAAAAAGGCUAUGGGACAUGAAAUACAAGGGAGUUCAAAAUUUCUACAUGUGUGAACUACGGAAAGAUUUCACAAUUGAUGCAACUUUCAAGGGAAACUUGUCCCGUUUUCUCAAUCAUAGCUGUGAUCCUAAUUGCAAAUUGGAAAAAUGGCAGGUUGAAGGUGAGACUCGAAUUGGUGUCUUUGCUGCUCGAUUCAUUGAAGUAGGAGAACCUCUGACCUAUGAUUACAGAUUUGUUCUGUUUGGUUCAGAAGUGAAGUGCCAUUGUGGAGCUUCGAAUUGUCAAGGAUAUCUUGGCAGUAAAAAGAAAAUCACAAGUAAACUGGACAUCAGCUGGGGUUCGAAACGCAAGAGAACAUCUACUUCUUGCCUCACCAUCAUUAAAUCGAAUUCAUGUUAGACUAUUAUUAUUUUAUUCGAUCAUUUUAGUAUUAUCGCGUUUUCUACAAAAAAAAUAAUACAAUAAACCAAAAAGAAAACCAUUGCCAAAAGGAGAGGGAAAAAAGGAACAGAAAGAUUGUUGUUACAAGCAUUGUUGUUUCACUUUUAUUCUGAAAAAUAUGACAGAAUCCUUACAUUAUAAAGAUUAAGUUCUUUUCAUUU